UCAAACAAAUUCAUUUCACUUUCAUUCAAAAUAAUUCCCUUCUUUUCUCUUACCCUUCAUGUCCCUCUCAAACACCUUUGUUUCCCGCUUCGUCUUCUUCACACCCAUCACUUGAAACGUUCACAGCAUAAUGCCUUUGCUCUUGUAAACUCAUGCAAUGACUUUGACAGUGUCCUUGGGGUGCUCAGAACAACCCCAGAGGAUGCACCUAAUACAGUGAUGUGGAACUUGAUCAUGAGAUCCCAUGUUGAUUUGGGACUGUUCCAUUCAGCUUUGUCAGUGUACAAAAAGAUGAGGCAAAAGGGUGUUCCCCAUGAUUGUUUUACAUUCCCGUUAUUGAACCGAGCCUUGUCUUCCAUGAGGGCUGAUGUUGUGUAUGGGAAAAUGAUCCACUGUGUGGCAACUCAAAUGGGCUUGGAUGGGGAUUUGUAUUUUUGCAAUACCAUGAUUGAUGUUUAUGUGAAAUGUGGGUGCAUCGCUUCUGCUCGCCGAAUGUUUGAUGAAAUGUCACUGAGAGAUGUGGUUUCUUGGACUUUGAUGAUUGCUGGUUAUGUUUCUGAGAGACUUUUUAGUGUGGCUUUUCAUCUGUUUAACAAGAUGAGGAUGGAAUUGGAACCGAACUCGGUCACACUUAUUGUGAUGUUGCAGGCACCUUGUGCUUCCAUGAAAUUAAGUGAGGGAACGCAAGUACAUGGGUAUGCACUGAAGAGUGGGUUGCUAACGGAUUGGUCUGUGAAAAAUUCCGUUUUGAGAAUGUAUGGUAGUAAAGGGAGUACCAGAGAAGUGGAACUUUUGUUUGGUGAAGUAAACAUGAAGGAUGUGGUUUCUUGGAAUAUUUUGAUUUCCUUUUACUCCUCAGAAGGAGAUGCCAUAAGAGUGGCAGGUUUGCUCAAAGAAAUGCAGAGCCUAGAAGUGCACGUGUGGAACAUUGAAACUUUAACAUUAGUUACAUCGGCAUUUGCAAAGUCUGGUAGUCUUUCAGAGGGCGAAGGUGUGCACUGCUUAGUCAUUAAAACUGGGUUUUCUGAUGAUGUUUUGCUCACAUCUCUGCUUGACUUUUAUGCCAAGUGUGGGAAAUUGGAAACUUCAGUUCUACUGUUUAGUGAAAUCGAUUCCAAAAGUAAGAUCACUUGGGGUGCUAUGAUGUCAGGUUUCAUUCAGAAUGGCUCUUUUAUGGAGGCCAUAGUUUUAUUCCAACAAAUGCAAGCUGAAUAUUUUAAUGUUGUUCCUGAAAUUUGGAGAAAUCUUCUGGAUGCAUAUGCAAACCUGGGAGCUUUAAAAUUGGGCAAAGUGGUCCAUGGUUACCUUAUAAAGAACUUGUUUAAUGGACCAAUAGAAAAUUCAGUACACCUUGAGACCUCUAUCUUAAACAUGUACUUAAGAGGUGGUAGCAUGUCUUCUGCUAAAACAUGUUUUGAUAUGAUGUCUGUCAAAGAUGUAGUAGUAUGGACAACAAUGAUUGAGGGACUUGGCUCCCAUGGUUUUGGCUUUGACGCCUUGAAGUAUUUUAAUUUAAUGAUUGAGCAAAGAGUGCAGCCAAACUCAGUCACCUUUUUGAGCUUACUGUCCGCAUGUAGCCACUCAGGUCUUGUUAGUGAAGGCUGCAAUAUUUACCAUUCUAUGAAAUGGCAAUUUGGAACUGAACCUGCUUUGGAUCACCAGACUUGCAUUGUGGAUCUUUUUGGUCGAUGUGGAAUGCUUAAAGAGGCCUUGGCCAUAAUAUUCAAAAUGGUAAUUCUACCUGAUAGCAGGAUCUGGAGUGCUCUUCUGGCAGCUUCCAGAGUUCAUGGAAAUAAAAAAUUCGGAGAAUAUGCAGCUCAAAGACUUUUGGAACUAGAACCUGACAACGCUGGAUAUUAUACUCUGUUGAGUAAUGUAAAAGCAAGUGUUGGAAGAUGGGAGGAGGUUGAAAAACUGAGGAGAGACAUGAGUGAAAGGGAUCUCAAGAAGAAACCAGGGUGGAGCUGCAUUGAGGUUACUGGGUUCAUCCACGGAUUUGUGUCUGGUGAUAAAUCACACCCUGAAGCAGAGGAGAUUUAUGAGGCAUUGGGUACAUUGAGUACAACGACACAGGAUUUAGGGUGGCAUGCUUAAAACAGUUGAAAAGGGAACUUCUUGGCUCAUACAAGCUACAUUCAAAUCAUUCUCAGACGAAGCAAACUAAGCCAAAUCCUAGUUCUUCAGUGGAGAAAAUUUUAUUUGACUCGUCUGGCAGAACACUUAGGAAA